UACAGGCUCAGCACGACCUGCAGCACGUCGAGCUGCGUCGAGAGGUCCUCGGGCGCAAGGAGCGCCGGCUCGGCCAUGGUUGUGUGUCGGUCUUCCACACCCUGUCUUCCGGGAGAAGAGCGAGACUGCGACACGUGAUCUUUCGCGCGCGCACGGUCCAUUCUCUCGCGUUCUUCUUUUCGGCGUCGAGCGACGGCGGCGACGGCAACGACGACAACGGAGGCGGCAGCGGUAAGAGGGCGGCGAAGCACAAAGAUGGACUCGCUGACGGCCUCGCUGGCGUCUGCGGAGCUGUCUGCGCCCUCUCCGGCGGACCUCGUCGCUGCGUUUGGCCCCCGGUCGGACGCACACCGGCGCACGCUCGCGCAGAUCCACCUGGCGCAGACGGGUGUCGACACAGCGCUCCGUGCACGCCUCGCUGCGCUUCUAUCCUCAAGCAGCUCGGGGUCCGAUUUUGGCGAUGAGGAUGGAAUUAUGGCAGCACUGCGGCUCGUAGCUGCCCUCUAUGGUUCACGGCCAGACGAGGCACACGCGCUGCUGCUGCCAGCGCACGACGGCGGCCCCCUCGACGGCGGCCUCGUCGUGCGCUCCAUCGACGAUGACCGCCUCGGCCUCGCCCUGGCCGAAGUGCUGUGCGCUGCAAGUGGACAUGGGCCUUCACGCAAAGAGCUUCUCGAGCGGAACAGAAGAAGAGCACCAGUGCAAGCAAGCAAGAUCGUCGAGGUGGGCAGCGAGGAGGAUGGUGCAUCUGCGGCCGGCGUGCCCGUCGGCGAGUGGCUCAGGACGUGGGUGGACCGCGCCGAGCUCCAGGACGGCCAGGCACGCGUCGUCGGCCUCCUCUGCGCGCUCACGCUCGAGAAGAUGCGACGGGGAGGGAAAGAAAAGGAGGCCGACAACAAGGCCGUGGAGUCGAAAGAGGAAGAAGGAGAGGAAGGCGACGAGGAGACACUCUACCAGCUCGCACGCCGCUUCCUCGUCGUGGGUGUUGCGACGAAAAGCGACGAGAAAAGUGACAGCGACGAGCGGGCACGGAUGGCCAGCGUCGAGGCGCUCACCUACCUCAGCCUCGGCUCUGCGUUCCGGCAGCGCGUCGCCGACGACACGGAUCUCCUCCGCGGCCUCGUCGUCGCCGUGCUGCGCGCAUGCCAGGCCAAGCCGCCGGACACGGCGCUGCAGUACGGCGUCGCCACGGUGCUUCUCCAUCUCGUCGCCUUCAAGCCCGUCGCCACGGCCGAGGAGCGCCAGAUGGCCCGGCUGCGGCGCAUGGCCAAUGCAGAGAAGCGCGCCUCGCAGAAGCAGGCGCAGGCGAAUGAAGAAGAGGACGGAGAUGGAGAACACAACGAGCUGCUCGAGGCACCGGCGGUGCGGGCGCGCAUCAACCGUGCCGUCGAGUGUGGCGCCGUCGCCGCCAUCACGGCCAUGAGCACCGUGAGGCCGCUGAGCAGCGCACUCACCGCCACGGCUGCCCAGGCGAUGCUGGCCAUGACGACGCCCCAGGACCGGGCCCAGCGCGGGCGCAUCGUGCAGCAGGGCGGCGCCCGUGCCCUCUUUCUCCUCCUGGCUUCGUCCUCGAGCAGCAGCAGAACAACGAAAGACGACGGGGCAACGAAAAGGACCGCCGCGCAGUCACUCGCGCACCUCCUCAUCGACCUGGACCCGCGACUGGUGCUGCGCGACGAUGCGACGAGCGCCGUUGCGCCACUCGGUGCGCUCUUCAUGUCGGCGGCCUCGUCGACGCUGCAGCGCUUCGAGGCCUGCCUCGCCCUGACGAACCUCGCCUCGCUGUCCGAGGAUGUAUGCGCCUCUGUCGCGCGCUUCACCCAGCCCCUGCAUGCGGUCCUGCCCGCCACCGGUGGUUUCCGUGGCGCCGGGACUGCAGAAUCGAAAGACGGGGACAAGGCGAGCAUCGGCCUGCUCGCGCUCCUCGACGAGCGCCUCUUCUUUGAGGACAAUGCCAUGGCGCGGCGUGCCUGCGUCGAGCUGGCCUGCAACCUCGCUGCGGGUCCCCACGCCUUUUCGCACUGGUCUGGCGAGGCACUGGGCCCCGAUGCAGCGCAGCCGCAGCAGCAGCAGCAUGAUGACGACUCUGACGAGGAGCGAAGGCAGCGCUGGACCCACCUCGUCGUCGCCCUCUGCGCCUAUGCUCCGACAGCCUCUUCACAGGCAGAUCAGGGCAACAGCGGCAGCGGCGAGACGACAAAGGCCAUGCGCCUCGCGGCGGGCGGCCUGCUGGCCAUGCUGUCCGAGAGCAGCGCUGUAUGCGCGCGCAUCGCCAAGCUGCGCACCACGACCGUCAACCUGCUCGUGCGCCUCGUGUGGCCCGGCGUGCCGCCGCGCAUCCGCGAAGUGGGCGAGGUUGGAGAUGGUGGUGGUGACGACGGAGAAGAAGAAGAAGAGGAAGAGGACAGAGCAGGGGAGCGCGACGAGUGGGACGAGGGACUGGCCCUGCGCGGCCUCACCAUCCUCGCCAACGUCGCCGAGCACGCGCCCACCUGCCGCGGCAGCCUCCUCGUCGGCGCCGGCCUCGUCGACGCCCUCGAGGCACUCAUGGCCUCGUCACAGGUCGGCGACGCGGCCCAGCUCGUGGCCAUGGCGAAGCAGGUGUAUGAUCAAUUGCAAUUCAAGUAA